AGAGGAACCCGGAAGUUUCCUUAAAGGAACAUUCAUUAAUGGUAUGUAGUAAUUCAAUCAAAGUUGAUAUUCGCUCAGUUGAUGCUUUAAGAUUUUGUACCAGGAACUUAAUUUGGUGAGAUUCUGCUCAGAUUUGGAACCAUGGACUGUAGCAGUUUAAUUGCUACUGUAUCUGUACAUACUGAAGAGAAUCACUGUAAUGUGCCAAGAAUUUAGAGACUCUGGAGAUGAAGAAGUGCUAAUAUCUCCACAAGCCGAUUUACAUUGAGUAUACGAUUGGAUACGUUGAGUUGUGAUAAUUGGAGUGCUCGCCAUGUAAAGGAUUAAAUGUUUGAUAAAUUGUCACUGCACCAGUGUAGCAGCAAUGAUUCUGUGUUGACAGUGUAGAAUCAUGAAGGAUAUCAGUGAGAUGCCUAACGGUGAUGGAGGAUUCCCGCAAGAUGGAAAGGAGGAGGAGGAGGGAAGAGCCAAAGAACGUAGGCUUACUCCCUACGAGCGUUUGUCAAACGAUUUAACUAAUGACCAAAAAUGUCUCAAGGAAAUCACCCUCGGAAAGAGAAUAGGAUUUUAUCGGAUUCGUGGAGAACUUGGAAGUGGAAAUUUUUCUCAAGUUAAAAUGGGCAUUCAUGCUUUAACAAAAGAAAAGGUUGCAAUAAAGAUCCUAGAUAAAACGAAGUUGGACCAGAAGACGCAGCGACUUUUAUCUCGAGAGAUCUCCAGUAUGGAACGACUUCACCAUCCAAACAUAAUCCGCCUGUACGAAGUGGUGGAGACUCUGGCCAAGCUCCACAUCGUCAUGGAGUAUGCUGGGGGUGGAGAACUCUUCACCAAAAUUUCCAACGAGGGAAAAUUUCCCGAAUCAGAAGCCAAACACAUAUUUGCUCAAACGAUAGCAGGUGUUCAGCAUAUGCAUAAGCACCACAUAAUUCAUCGUGAUCUCAAAGCAGAAAAUGUGUUCUAUGCCGGUUCUCGUAUGGUGAAGAUUGGUGACUUUGGUUUCAGCACGCAGUCUCGGCCAGACCAAACUUUAAACACUUUUUGUGGUUCUCCCCCUUAUGCGGCCCCUGAACUCUUCAAAGACGAAAGCUACUUUGGUACCUAUGUGGAUAUCUGGGCGUUAGGAAUCAUGUUAUAUUUCAUGGUAACAGGGGUUAUGCCUUUUAGGGCAGAUACGGUGGCCAGACUAAAGAAAUGCAUCCUAGAAGGCCAGUAUACAGUUCCGUCUUACGUGUCGGACAGUGGACAGUUUCUCAUUCGGAGCAUUCUAAAACCCGUGCCUCAAGACAGAUUCAAACUAACUGAAAUUCAGAAUAGCGAGUGGUUAGAAAGUCAAGAAUUUCCGGCGGAGUUAGAACCAUAUAAUGUCAAUCCGUCUCGAGAUACAUCUAGUCUUUCAGAGGAAGAGCAAGACGCACGCAGGAUUUUGAAAGAUCUGGGAAUCACAAAUGAACACAUCCAAUCGGGUCAUCGUGAUUCACGGAGCAGCAUUACGGGAACGUACAGGAUAGUGCUACAUCGGGUACAGAAAAAGAAAUCCGGCUUGAGUGAUUCGGACACAGAACUACGUGGGCUAGAUUUAUCAUCCAAAAAUGACAAAGCCAAAUCUGUUCCUUUUGUAAAGAAGGAAUCGAAAGUGUGUACUAUAUUGUGAUAUAGGAUUAAAUAGGACAAUCAUAAAGUGCUUUGAAAACGCUCAGUGGAGACAAUGUUAGUUCACGUUCAUGUUACGUACACAUGUAAUGGUGCAAUUUCAUCCAAUCUCUCCAAGCACAUAUAUUUACCAUGAAGAUGAUUGAAAAAGAGAAUUUGAAUUUAAUUGUAGGCAAUCAAAAAACAGGACUCUCUGUCCAAACAAAACGCAGGAACUUUUACACAAGUAUUCUUUUUAAGUUAAUUUACUUGAAUGUUUUUAUAUAAGAUUAUUCAUAGGUGAGAAUAUUUUUCAAAUAUUCAUGGAUUUUCGAGAUAUAAUGUUUUCAAUAAAAAAAUCAGCAUUCUUCUUUAGCUCUAGUAUGUUGCCAUUAUUAUCUACAAGGUCGUUCAGCAUAUUGAUCCAAUAAGUUUUCAAUUAUUCAGACGGUAUAAAAACACCUUGGAAUUGUUAUAUGCAUAAUGAAAUUAAGAAAAACCGACAUGUAAAUAUCUAGAUGGCCAAGUAUUUAAGAUAUUUACCCACGGAUCCAGUAAUUGAUUUUUCAAUAUAUAUUUAAAUAUUCGCUGUCUGACCCUGACCAGAUUGUGUAGUCAGUACAUGAAUUAUGGAUGAUAAAACUGAAUAUAGACCAAAUUCAUUAUAGAUUGGUGUGAAACGAUGGUCUGGGAUCUUGUUGGCUCUAGGUAGCAAGUUUUUUGUCCUUAGCAUUUUUUGUUUGGUUCUUUAUUUUUGACCCUUUAUAUUUGCAGCGUUUAUUUACCUUUGCCUGUCAGCAACUUUAGAAUACAAUGAUUGUAAAACCUUUUAAUGAACCUAUAUAUAUAUAUAUAUAUAUAUAUAUAUAUAUAUAUAUAUAUUAUAUGUAUAUAUAUACACACACACACUAUCAAUUUGUCGAUAUAUAUAUAUAUAUACACUUCAAAUUUUAUAUCUGUAAGUUUCAAUUGGUCUAACUGCUACAGUAGAAAACUUAAUUGUGUAAGAGACUGCGGUAUGAAGUUUCCAAUGGUUUAAGCUACACAAUGCUUGGAUUUGUCAGUAUUUUAAUCAAUUAUUGAAAUCUCAAUCACACAUACAGUAUUUUGUAGAGGUGAAGAUAGUUCAGGUCGAUGAGUUAAGCUUGCUUUAGAAUCAUCCACAUUCUGUACUUUAAAUGGUUAUUACAAUCAUUCUGAUCAUAUUAUUUAAUGGAGCAACUUUUAAAAUUUCUUCUCUGGAUCUGACCUUAUUUUAACAAUUGGCAUUAUGCAAGAAAUGAUCACAUUCAUGUGGAAAAAAUCUUCAAACACCACCCUUUAUAGUAUGGCAUGCUCUAGACUUCCAACUUAUGGUUUAUUGGGUAAUACUUGUUCAGAGACCUUGAAAUUCUUGAGCCAUAUAUUUCUUUCCUGAAAAAGUCAAAACAGGUUUUGCUGAAAUUAAAAAAAUAAAACGCUAUAUAAAACUUGGAAUGACUAGAAAGAAAAUGACGUGAAACUCCACAAAUCCUACUGCAUGGAUGAAAUCGUGGUGCAUAUACUGCCGCAGAAUCGUGUUACAAUAUAGUACCGAGUAUCCUCAUUUCCUGGCUUCAUUAAGAACUGUAUUUAUACAUGUCUAUGUUUUGUAAUGUGAGAUGUAUACAUUGAUGAAUUAUAUUUUGAAAGAUUUUUUUUCUAAAUUAUAUUUUUUAAUUUGCAGAGGAAUUUUAUUAACAGUUAUACACUUAUUCAUAUAUACAUGUAUAUAUGUAAGAUUUGCUAUAAAUUAUUUUAAUUGAUACAGAAAUUCUAUCACAUAUCAGUGUGAUAUUUUUAUGUGUAUAUUGAAUCGAAAUUUAUAAUUGUUUCAAAAUUUAUCUUUUAUGUGUGUUCUUUCAUCCAUUGUAAAUUUUGCCCCCCCCCCCCUUUCUACGAUUCCUUGUAUUGACUGCUAGCUGGGACAAUACAUUGCACGAUAGACAUCUUCAUUGUAUGUAUAUACCCUAUUUACAAUACUGUGUUUGUACACAUAGCUGUGACUGUGAUGUUUUCUUUUAUUUCUAUGUUACAGUGUCAAUAUUUGUUCAUUAGUGAUAAUACGAUGAGAGAAAUCGUUUUCUUUUUAAAAUGAUUAUUUUUUUGGAAAUAAAAGGAUGAGAAUUGAAA